AUGCAAGUCUGUUUUCGAAACAAUCGACCAUCACUCGAAGACACUGGGUACCAUCCAAAGCAACGUAGUCCAUGGCCGGCACCACAACCAUGUAUUCGACAUCAGUGUGUCUUCCUGAUUGAUGACAUCGAACAUGAGAGGCCUGAACACUGCCUUGCUUUGGGUAUUACUCACAGUGAACUUGUUGCCUUUUUCAAUUCAGCCCACAACGUGCUGUGCCCCUGGUAUCGACAUCUUGACCUCCCGGAUUUUGUUAGGCAGGGUAUUGAUGGCACGGCCACGACUGAAGGUGCUGAUAUUGAUGUUUCUGGUUUCGACCGUCUUGUCAUUUAUACGGAUGGAUCGUCGAAACCGAGUGAACGCCGCAAACCACCACUGAAAGUAGCUGAACAAGGAACACCAGAUGCUUGGGCUUUUGCUGUCAUAGGUGAGAAAUAUUCGACCCAUGACCAACCAGGCUCGCUCACGCUUCUGGGUUGGCAAGCCCAAUGUGUCAUCUAUGAAGACAGUUGCAAUGCUUUUGCAGGUUCUGACCAGAUUGGGGCUGAGUUCUCAGAAAGAGAAGCGCUCCUUUUUGCGGGCUUAUGGCGACUAUCCUUGAACAGCAACAUCCCCACAGUAUUCAGAACUGAUUCGACGACCACAGCAGAUCAGGCGUUUGGAAUUUCUGGCUUCAUCAGUCUACACCCCACACAUGAAUUAUUGCGUGGAACUUUCCAAGCUCUCCAGUCCUGUCUCGGCCAGUCAAUGCUUGCGUAUGCGCACGUAAGAGGUCAUACGGGGGACAUCUGGAAUGAACUUGUUGAUUUUCUUGCGAAGACUGAAGCCAAUCGCAGAGAUUCUUUCGCUGACGUGGUUUUUGGUUUCUUGUGGGCCAAAUUGUUGCGACGUUUGGAGUCCACGCUGGUCGCACACGGCAUCCUUGAGCAAGUGCCCGAGGUCACCCUGCCAGAUCCAUAUCAGUGGAAAGAUGGUCCGCCGAUGUCCUUGUUGGGGCCCACUUGGAUGGAUGACCUCAACAUCCUGCUCACGGCUUCCUCCAAUGCCGCACUUGUCACUAAAUGCCAAGUGACGUUGAGCAUUUUGUUGGAUGCAUGUGCGGCUUUCCAAAUGGCCCCCAAUCUCAAAAAAGGGAAGACCGAAGCCAUGUUCACAUUCAGAGGCACACGAUCACGUGAGUUUCGCCGCACUUACUAUAGCAGUACUGUCGGCUUGCCUGUGGUUUGUGAAAAUGCCAUGUUUUCCAUCACUGUUGUCAGCAGAUAUCUUCAUUUGGGGGGAAUUGUGCACCACAGAGAUUGCAACCGGCAAGAGAUCAAGCGCAGAUUGGCCAUCGCCCUGCAAGCCUUUCAACAGCAUAGGAAACUCCUAUACCGAAAUAACAACAUUGAAUGGACCACCAGAUGCCAAUUGUUUCAAUCGCUCAUUCUCAGCAAACUCACUUAUGGCAUGGAGAGCUGGACUUUCCCGAUACAGAGUUGUAGGGAUCAAAUCCACAGUGGCAUUAUGAAGUUGUACAGAAGACUCAUCGGAGUCAGGCAUUCUGCACAUCUUACUGAUGCCGAAGUCCUGGUCCAGACUGCACUGCCUGACCCAACGGAGUUGCUCAGACGAGAAAGGUUGAGGUAUUUUGGCACGCUUCACAAUUGCGGUGCCCAGGCACAUUGGGGAGUCCUGCAAGAAGACCAGGAGUGGGUCGCCUUGAUCAAGGAUGAUCUCACUUGGCUCUGGCACCAACUUCAGGGUUCAACCAACUUGCUUGAUCCAACACAACAUUUUGCACAGUGGCAGGAUAUCAUUGUCCAUCAUGGUAAAUAUUGGAAAAAGCUCGUACGGAAGGGUGCCACACAUGCCAUCAUGCAGCGGAAAAAUGAAUUCCAUGCUAUUGAGCUUCAUGCACGAAUAGGUCAGCUCAUGCAGGAAGAAGCCCUGGUUGACACGCUCCCUGUGCAACAUUUGCAUGCCACGAAUAUCACGUCCUCAACCACAGAACCAAGUGCGUCGCCCAAGAGACAGGUACUGUCCGUUUCGCUGCGCAAUUUCAUCCAGUGCUAUCCGAUCAGUUGGACGCAAUGUCAGAGAACAUUGCAACAAAUGGCAGUACAGAUCAACCCAACAGACGCGGAACCCCUGGCUUUUUCAAGACAGGAUGUCAUCCACUGCUUGAACGCUCUUGCGGAUGCUGAUAGUUGGCCUUUCCUUCACGAGAUUGAUCGUGCACCCAGCACCACCAGUUCUGCAACACUCACUGACUGGGAACAUUGGUUUACCAAGCUUGCCACACAUCCAUUGGAGAGUUGGAAAGAUUUGCAACCGAUGCCCAGAGCCUUGACCAAACAGAAGAUCCUUUUACAUGCUUUUGCAGGCCGCAGAAGACAUGGAGAUGUGGAAUGGUAUCUUGAGCAGUUGCAUAAGCAAUGUGAUGGUUUUGUAAUCAUGACUGUGUCAUUAGAUAUCAUCAUCGAUUCACAAUUUGGUGAUAUCUCCAAGCAGGAGACCAGAUCUUUUUGGUUGCAUUACAUCCGCAUGGGAUACAUUGCUGGCUUUCUUGCGGGACCUCCCUGCAAUACCUGGAGUAAAGCCAGAGCCAUUGCUUUGCCAGAUGGAAAAGGCCCAAGAGUCAUCCGGACUCCGCUUGCGCCAUGGGGUCUGGAGUCAUUGCGUUUUGGUGAGUUGAUGCAGAUCACUUUGGGCACCAUUCUUUUAGGUUUUGCGUUAGAAGCUAUGCUUGCACUUGCCUUGCAUGAGGGAGCUGGUAUUUUGGAACAUCCAAAGGACAGCGAAGACCCGGAUGCCGUAAGCAUAUGGCGGCUGCCGGUUGUCCAGGCCCUUCUGCAAAUACCAGGCAUGCGGCUGGUCAACCUUUCGCAAGGUCUUUACGGCGCCCCAUCACCGAAGCCAACGACUCUUUUGACACUUCGAAUGCCACACCUUGAGCGCUGCUUGCACCAAGGCAUGCUGUCGAAAUGUCUUCCUACGGGAAUUUCUGUCGGCAAAGAUGCAAGCGGAAAUUUCCAUACAGCUCCGCUGAAGGAAUAUCCGCCAGGACUAUGUCGCUCCAUUGCGUCCAGCUUUUACAUUGAUUUUUGUACAUCUGGUCUCAGUGCGGAGCACGCAUACUGGUUCUACUUGGACGAGAUUGUAGAUGAGGCGAAAGGAGAUUAUCCCAAGCUUCAGACCUCGGUCUUCAUCCAACUGCUCUUAGAGACCGACGAUGCAUCCGCUGGAUCUGUGGCGACACCGGUUCUGUCGCGCUCCUUGCCGAGUCAGUCGGACUGGGUGCAGACCUUUGCCGAGUGGAGUGAGCUUCGCUUGGCGCAACGCCGCUGCGGUGCCGUUCUCUUCGAUGAGAGGCUGGAAAGCUUGCUGAUGGUGAUGACACACCGCGGCCUUUGGUGCUUUCCUUCGGGCAAAGUGGAAGGGGACGAAACGGAGGUCCAAUGUGCUGUGCGGGAAGUGCAAGAGGAAUUGGGUCUGGACAUCUCCGAGAUCAUCGAUCCGAGGCAACAACUGAAGAUCAUCCUGAAAGACAAAGAACGGAACAUCCCAGUGACCUUGUUCAUCAUCACCAGUUUGGUGAAGGAGAAGUUGACCCUGAAGCCACGGACGAAGCAGGAGAUCGAAAAAAUCGCCUGGAUCCGUACGGCCAAGCUGCCGGGCUGGUCCCCCGGCGAGGCGACAAAGUUGCGCUUCUUCAAAGUGGAUCAAAUCGUCCCGUUGCUCAAGCGUUGGUUGCAGCGCUACCAGUCUGUGCAGGAGGGCGCUACCGUGGACGCGGCGCUACCGUGGCUGGACGUUCGGCGCGCGCUGCGCUGCUUCGAUGAUGCGGUUGACACCACUUUGCCCCUGUGGCUCCGAUUUCUUCACGAAUCUGCUCUGGUUCCUUUGGCGCUGACGCUGAAUCCACUGCUGAUGGUUGAAGAGGUGAGUUGGGGCGACCACGCGACGGAUGGCGACCUGGGAGCGAUGCCGUCCUGCAAGGACGACGAGAAAUUGUGCUAUCGUCGCUUGCGACUGCUGGGCCAAGGCUCUUUUGGCAAGGCCUUUCUGGCACGCGACCUGUCCAACAACGAGUUGGUGGUCAUGAAGCAGGUGCGUGUGGAGAAAAUGGACGCGAAGGCCCGCGACACGGCGGUCCGUGAAGCCGUGGCACUGCGACGGGUGCGACAUCCCAACGUGGUGCGCUUCAGACAAGUCUUCGUCCGUUCGGGCUGGCUGUGCCUGGUCAUGGACUUCGCGGACGGCGGGGACUUGUGCGCCGCGGUGAAGGAGCGUGCCAAGAGCGGACAGCUCUUCGAGGAGUCGGCCGUGUUGGAGUGUUUCUCCCAGGUGGCCGAUGCGGUGCGUUACGUGCACGCGCAGAAGAUGGUGCAUCGAGACAUCAAAUCGCGCAAUGUUUUUCUUUGUCGCACGGGGCAAGCGCUCCUGGGCGACUUUGGCCUGGUGAGGCUGCUGGAAAGUACCUGCGAACUGGCGCACAGCCGCGUGGGAACGCCUUACUACUUGAGUCCAGAAAUCAUUCGCAAGCAAGCCUACAACUACCCAACGGACGUUUGGAGUUUGGGCGUGUUGCUCUACGAGAUGGCCGCCCUACGGCGGCCCUUCCUGGGAACGCUGGAAACGCUGCCAAAGAUCAUCAUAGCAGGCGAGUACGAAGCGUUGCCCGAGCACUUUUCGCCGGAGCUCAAGAGUUUGGUGGCGCGGAUGUUGGCGGUGGACCCGCAGCAGCGCCUGACUUUGUCGGAGGCGCUGAAGGAAGACGUCCUGGCGGUGCCUCUGCGCCGCUCCCGCGACGCGCUGAAUCUGCCGCCGGCGCCGGACGAAGUGCCGGUUGCGCCGCCACCGGUGCGGAAGGAGAUCCAGGAGAUUCCUGAAUCUGAAUGGAUUGGUUUCAACACAAUGAUUCGUCGCAAGGAGGAUGGUUUGAUCCUCCCUGAAGCGAACGAAGCAAAGGGCAUCGUGGACCUUAGCGCGGCCAAAGCGCCGCCACCGCCGGACGAGCCCCCCGAGUCCUGGAGCAUGGCGCCGGCCACUGGGGAGGACUCCGGCGAGGAGUUAGGCUCCGCCUCAGACGACUCCUGGGGCUCCGUUGUGGACACCGGCAACGACGCCCUGCAGCAGCUGAUGUCGCCGCCGCCGCCGCCAGCGCCACCGUCUUAA